GCGUAAGAGUAUAUAUGACAGCAUGAUCUAAACCCUAAUUCAUGAAUAACUAGCUAAAUUUUCAAAUCUCAAGUAAUUUGAUGUCCGGAAAUCAUAGUUAUGCUUCACAUUAAAUUUCGGAACCUGUUAACAUAUGUUAGGUUGCUGUUAUAUUUUCUUCUAGUGGUUCUUGAGCAGUUAAGCUCCACCAGAUCUUCAAUAUUCCUCAACAGUAGCAAGUGAAAGCUGGAGCAAAUGCACUGCUUGAAAAGCACUGGUUGUCAUCUUCUCAUUGUUCAUCUUUCUUUGGUGUGUCAUAUUUGGUACUUUACCUUGAGCAAUACAAAAUAUUGCCAUUCACAAAGAUGUAGCAACAACCACACACCUAAGAAAUGCAACUUUAACUUUAUGGUUGGGAGUAUAUAUGCUAAUCAUAAUGAUUAUAGGAUUGAAUUGUAUGGGAGUCACACAAGCAGCCAUUAGUGAAUUAUGAGAUAAUGCUUUGAUGUGUAGGUUGAUUAAUUAAUCUCUUGGGUUGCAUCAAUCAAACUCAGUUUAUUGAGGGGCCCUUUUUGAAUGGUGCAUAUCAACUGCCAAAAUUGUAAGGAGCUUAAAGAUGCUGAAUGGAAGACUGUUAUUUUAGGUCAAUUUCAUUUUUUUGAAUUAACCAAAUAUGAAAAAAUGAAAUAUAUUCUAGUAUUUCACUUAAGUAGCGUUAGUGAGAUUUAGAUGUACGCAGAACUUACCUUAAUCCGUGAAGGAGAGAGGUUGAGUCCGUAAACACUCUAGUUUUCUCUUUUUCACAAUAUUCAGACUCAUUCAGUCAAUAACACUUUUAAACAAAAGCAAAGCAGUGACUAUAUAUUUGGUCUUAUAUUGCUUGUUAAAAGUAAGGGAAGCCUACAAAGCCUGAGUUUGAACAAAGUAAAAGUGAUCACAAGUUCUUUCUUCCCUGCCAAAUAUCUCCAGCAAAACAACUAGACUGUAGAUAUAAAUCAAAUACACUCUGUCUUCCGUUUUUCGUUUACAUUCAUUGCUCGCAGACACACAGACAUUUAUUAUAUUCUUGGUUGCUUGAAAAUUUGUGAAAUAUUAUGAUCAGCUUGAUGGAUAGUUGCUUGAGUGAUCAGAAGUCAAGAAAAAAGAUGAUCAGAUAAGGAUGUGCCAGUACAGAAUAACAAUCGAAAAACUCAGAAUGGCCAUGGAUGAAGUACCAGGCUCUGUUGGAACCAGUGCUAGCUUAGCUUUGAGACUGGGCCAAACCAUCUUCUCUUCUGCUUCUCUUCUCUUCAUGUCCCUUGGUGUUCCAUUCUACAGUUAUACCUCUUUCUGCUUUUUGGUAACAAUCAUGGGAUUGGUGAUCCCGUGGAGUUUUACUUUGGCCCUGAUUGAUGGAUACUCUGUCCUGGUUAAAUGCCCUAUACGUCGAUCCGGAAUGGCAAUACUAGUGAUGAUCAUUAUAGGCGAUACUGUUUUGUCAAUUCUCACGCUUGCUGGAGCCUGCUCAACAGCUAGCGUAGCUGAUCUUCUGAUGAAAGCAGAUGCACCAUAUUGCCCUUCAAAAGUUUGCAGCAGAUAUCAGCUAUCUGCUACCAUGGCCUUCCUCUCGUGGUCCCUUUCGUUGGCUUCGUCUCUUUUCAAUCUCUGGCUGCUUCCCCACAUUUGACCUGCCAUUGUUAUGAGUGUACAGAUUUAAGGAUAGUAUUACAAUACAUAUUAUAAUUUAUAGCCACCUUCAUUAAAUCUUGUAUGUGUAUAGAUGUAGUUGAGAUUUUGGUAUUAGAAAGUACAAACUACCAAGUUUUGUUUCAUAAUCAUGUCUUCUAGCAGAAGCAUUCUUCUGUAUACAUAUGACAAGAAAAGUUGCAUCUGGUUGAAUAUAAUAAAUCAAUUUAUCUGUUCUCAUCA